AUGUAUGCGGGCCAGGGGACUGUCCCGAGCAAUUCUGGCCACAAGGAAGAGGACCUGCAGGCGCUGUUACAGGAACUCCACCAGCUCCAGGCCAAGCAGAGGAAGCUGAAGAGAGAGGUUGAGAAGCACAAGCUUUUUGAAAAUUAUCUGAUUAAGGUUCUGGAGAAAAUCCCCAAGGGCCACAAGGAGCGGGAGCAGCCGGAGCAGGCACUGCUGGAGGCCAUGGUGGAGUACUACGGGAGGCUCUUCGCAGCCAGCCAGGACGUCCAGAAGCUCCUGGAGGCCUUCUUCAGGAUGAACCAGGCCGUCCACCAGAGCCUGGAGUCUCUAGAGCAGAGCCACAGGGCUCUAGUCCUGGCCCUCAAGAUCCAGCUGUGUCAGCUGCAGAAGAAGUGUCACCGCAAGCAGGAGCAGCAGCAGCAGGUGGAAUAUAGCAUCACCUACCAGAAAGACACCGGCAACUGCACACAUGCUCAGUCCUUAUACAACAACCAGCUGCUCAACUGUGCACGGCUGGCCAUCGACGGCAUGGCCCAGCAGUGCUGGCCCUCUGCCCACAGCCUGCCCAAGAGUAUGGGCCUCUUCUCCAAGCUCGACCUGAUUCAGGAAUUUAUUUUGGACAAAAUGGAGACUGUGAGACUCAUAUCGCUGCUCAUGGAGCCCAGACUGUGCUGGUCAGGGGAGAGCCCCAAAGUCCAGGGGCUCAGAAGUCACCCCAGACCCUGCAAGAAAUCUCCAAGGAGGCGAGGUUCAAUCCCCAGGACCCCUUUUCCCAGCACCCAGAUUUCAGAGUGCUACAUCCAGCCUGCACUGACCUGA